AUGGGGAAAGAAUCUUCAGGAACAUCACCAAAUGGGAGGGGUUCUGCUAAAUGGCCAGAGAUACAAGAAAUAAUACAGGUAAAUUUGACUGUCAAGUAGAAAAGAAAAAUUACUCUCCCUACCUAUGAUUAUGUGGAUGUCCAUUUUUCUGCAAAAUCGUUUCCUACCAGAAUAAAUAAAUGAAGUCUUCCUUCUUUUCAAAAUUCAUUGAAGAUUUUAACAAAAAGAUUUGCCUGCAAUACUAAAUCUCUAUACUCUAGUAAUUUUUACAUUUUGUGACCUGACAACAGCUUUAUGUUGGCUUGUGAAGACAUAAAUUUUUUAAGGAAAUAAGAAAAGCAAUUACUAAUAAAAUGGCUGUGCAACAACAGCUGGGUGAUUAUAACCACCGCAAAUGUGCACUUCCACAUCAAAGAAAAACCCUGAGCCAGCUUAACCCCACACUCAGGGCACUUUCCCAAACUCAGAACUGGCUGGCUGGACCAUGGCUAGACUGGUCAUUUUGACAAUGAAAUAGGCUUUUACGAAGAGUUUUUGCUGAAAAACCAUCUCCUUUGUGCAUGCUAGUUAGGAUAUGUCUGACUGAAUAGUUUUGAUUAAAAGUGAAAUUCUCAUUAGGACAAGAAUGCUCUGGCCAGUAAGUUCUGACAGAUGCAAAGCACCCUCAGUGACCUCCCAGGCUGGGUCAUAGACAGAGUGUAAAACCAAGUCUCAGUAAUGAAGUAGGGUAACUAUUAGUAAUAAAUUCUUCCUGACAGCAUGCAAACCAUAGGGAACCCAAGCUAUUAUUUGUAAACUACAAAUGGAAAUUAAAAAAGAGAUAAAAUCUUACCUGUUUUGUUCUACUCUUGAAUCUGCUGCCGUGCAAAGUGAAAUGGCAGUUGUUUUACGAUGUGAAAACGAUGUUCAAGUCGACGCUUUGACUGUUGUUGAUUUCACAAAGCAAUGCUUUAUGCGGUUUGUCUCGCAUUUAUCUGUUGAUCUACUCUGACCAGUUUGCCUCGUUGUCUUUUUCUGCCUGAAAAAAUAAAUAAACCAUUUUUAUCAGCACAUAAACUGGUGCUGAUAAGAUAGUCACUUCUCGCAAAAAAUGACAACACUCCUUGCAAUCCAUAUUUAAACACCUUAUGAACAUAAAUAAAGGAUAAUGACAUUUCCUAGAUGGAGAGGAUCAACCAUUUAGAUAUAAGAAGUGGGAACACUUUGACAAUAAGUGACCUUAAAAAAUGGUGUUUUGAAAUAAUGUCAGGACUUAGGUGUGAUAAUGUUCCAUUUAACAGCACAAUAGCUUAAAAACUAAUGGCUGUCACUCCUUUCUUAAACCCACUUAUAGAUGUUUGGAUAUCACAUAUAAUAUCUGCUUUAUGUCUAAUGACCAAAUCCAAACAAUGCUUGUUCUCAAACCAUUAACUCUACAGUAGAGAAUUAACUCUUGUCUCAAGUAUGAUAAUAAACAUUUAAAAUACCCUUCAGCAAUAAAACACAGGGGCAUAGCUAGGAUUUUUGUAGAAAAGGUAUGCACAAUUUUCCAAAAAAACCCUCCGCACAUCCUUAAAGCGCAAAUCUUUUUCAGGUUUCUUGAUUAGAAGAAGCUACAUUGUAAGCUGAAACAUUAUUUAUUUAUUUCAUUUUUAUUUUAAUCAAUAUUUAUCCAGGGGCAUCCAGUUUAGCAGAGCUAGUUUAAAUGGAACCCUGACACAACACAAAAACAAAGACAUUAAAACAUUAACACUAGACAAUUAAUUAAGUUACAAAGGCAACAUGUACCCUAGGCAUUACUGUUUAAAAUGGCCCUUUAGCUUGAUUUUAAAUUCACUGAGGGUCUCUACUUGUCUAACGAUUCUUGGUAGGGUGUUGUAGGUCCGAGCACCGUUAAUUCUGAAGCUACCUUGGUAUUUACUAGUUUUUUGCGAAGGGAGGGCACAGCAAAUCAUGGCUUCUGGUGUUAUAGCCAUAGAAAACGUGCACGUGCCUAAACCCUGUAAGUAAGUACGAAGGCACUAUUCUGUGAAGACACUUAUGGACUAAGACGCAUUUGAGAUAAUUUCUGCAUAAUUUCUGGGCCAGCCAAGUGUUGAUUUUAAGUCUUCAGCCCUGAUAGAUCGACCUUCAAUAAUACAUGCGGCACGUCUAUUUAGUGUAUCCCAGACAGGUGAACAGUAAUCAAACAAUGGCAAGGCUUAAGUAUUGUAUAGCAUUUGACAAGUUGGCUUGGGAAGAACCUUACGUGCUCGACACAGAAUACCUAAUCAAGACGAUAUCUUUUUAACAAUAUAUUUUAUGUAGUCCUUCCAAGAUAGGGUGUUGUCUAGGAGGAACCCAAGAUGUUUAAACUUGUUAACUCUUUCUAAACAUGUGCAGGGUUGUCAAAAUGCACCAGCAACCGGCGCUAUCACAGGCUACUUUAUGGUUAUUGCACCUGUAACCUAGGAAAAACAUAUCUCUACUGAUAUCUGUUCCCCUACCUUAGAAACACAUAUCCCUAGUGAUAUAUGUUCCCCUACCUGGGAAACACAUAUCCCUAGUGAUCUGUCUACCACGAUCUAGGAAACAAGUAUCCCUAAAGAUUUAUGGUCCCCUACCUGGGAAACACAUAUCCCUAGCAAAUUGUGUUCCCCUACCUGGGAAACGCAUAUCCCUAGUGAUAUGUGUUCCCCCACCUGGGAAACACGUAUCCCUAGUGAUUUAUGUUCCCCUGUCUUGGAAACACAUAUCCCUGGUGAUAUGUGUUCCCUACCUGGAAAACGCAUAUCCCUAGUGAUAUGUGUUCCUGUACCUGAAAAAAACCUAUUCCUAGUGAUAGGUGUUCCCCUACCUUGGAAACAUAUAUCCCUAGUGAUAUGUCUUUCCCUAACUCCAAAAAAUAUAUCCCUAGAGAUACGUGUUCCCCUACCUGGGAAACACAUAUCCCUAGUGAUAUGUGUUCCCCCACCUGGGAUACACAUAUCCCUGGAGAUAUGUGUUCCCCACUUGGGAAACACAUAUCCUAGUGAUAUGUGUUCCGCCACCUGGGAAACACAUAUCCCUGGUGAUAUGUGUUCCCCUACCUCGGAAACAUAUAUCUCUAGUGAUAUGUGUUCCCCUAACUGGGAAACACAUAUCCCUAGUGAUAUGUGUUUCCCAGGUGGGGGAACACAUAUGACUAGGGAUAUGUGUUUCCCAGGUCGGGAAAAACAUAUCUCUAGUGAUAUGUGUUCCCCUAUCUGAGAAACACGUAUCCCUAGGGAUACGAGUUCUCCUACCUGGGAAACACAUAUCCCUAGUGAUAUGUGCUCCCCUACCUGGGAAACAUAUAUCCCUAGUGAUAUGUGUUCUCCUACCUGGGAAACACAUAUCCCUAGUGAUAUGUGUUCUCCUACCUCGGAAACAUAUAUCCCUAGUGAUAUGUGUUCCCCUACCUGGGAAAGACAUAUCCCUAGUGGUAUGUGUUCCCCCACUUGGGAAACAUAUAUCCCUAGUGAUAUAUGUUCCCCUACCUGGUAAACACAUAUCCCUAGGGAUACAUGUUACCCUACCUGGGAAACACGUAUCCCUAGUGAUAUGUGUUCCCUCACUUGGGAAACAUAUAUCCGUGGUGAUAUGUGUUGCCCUACCUCGGAAACAUAUAUUCCUAGUGAUAUGUGUUCCUCCACCUGGAAAGCACAUAUCCCUAGUGAUAUGUGUUACCCUUCCCAGGAAACACGUCAUCAGUGAUAUGUGUUAACACAUCAUCAGUGAUAUGUGUUCCCCAACCUGGGAAACACAUAUUCCUUGUUAUAUGUCUUCCCCUACCUGCACAACACAUAUGUAUAGUGAUAUGUUUUUCCCUACCCAGGAAACACAUAUCCUUAGUGACAUGAGUUGUCCUACCUAUAGAAAGUAAAAAGAUGUAGGUGACAACAUUCAUCCUUUUCUUUAUAUGUAGAGGAUUGGCAUAAUUUGUCAUUAAUUUUAACUGCUGAUUUAUUAUUUGAGUACAUGGAUAUUAAGCAUAAUCUUUGUUUUUUCAAGAUUAAGUAUUAGAAAAUUGGCAUGAAGCCAGUUUACAACAUUACCGUAGUUAGACCACUAGUUAACUGAGCUUGUAUUUCAUUGACUGACUUGCUUUCUUUUUAAACUGUAUAUUAAACUGUAUAUAAGUUAUCCUUGCCAUCCCAGUUAUCCUUGUCAUUGAAGUCGUUAAAUUCAUCCAAGUCAUGCUAGUCAUCCUGCUCAUCCCAGUUGCCCCAAUCAUCCUAGUUAUCCCAGUCAUUCCAGCCACCACAGUCAUUCCAGUCAUCCCCAUCAUCCUACACAUGACCCAGACAUCCCAAACAUCCCAGUCAUCAAAGUAAUUAUAGUAAUCAAAGUCAUCACAGCCAUCCCAGUAAUCACAGUAAUCCCUAUUAUACUAGUCAUUGUAGUGAUCUCAGACAUCCCACUCAUCAAAGUGAUUUUAGUCAUAGAGUUAUCUUAGCCAUUUCAGUAAACCGAGUUAUAUCAGUCACCCUAGUCAUCCAAUUCAUCUCAGUCAUCCCAGUCAUCCUAAUCAUCUGAGUCACCCCCGUCAUCAUCCAAGUGAUAACAGUCAUCCUAGUCAUCCCCGUUUAAAGUCAUCAUAAUUCUAGUCAUACUAGUUUUCCCAGUCCCUCUUGUUGUCCUAGUCAUCCCAGUCACCACAGUCAUCCCAGUCACCCUGGUCAUCCCAUAGAUGCUGCAUAAAUUUUCCACUUGAAUCCUCUUCGCUAGCGCGCCUGUUAUUUCUUACUCUAAGCCUUUCUCUUCUUCUUUCCCGUCGCUUUUCACUUACAAGCAAAUAGUUUGAAUCCAAUCCGCUAUUUCUCUUCUUCUUUCCCGUCGCUUUUCACUUACAAGCAAAUAGUUUGAAUCCAAUCCGCUAUUGUUCGUUGGCAUAACAAUUUCUUCGAAACAGUUUACACGAAAACACAAAAUCCUUAUGCAAUGAAGUAGUUCCGUUGAAGUAAUUGAAGUAAACAUGUUUUUGAACUCGACAACAGCCACGUCAUUUAUUGCGCGAUUUCCCGCCAAGAAACAGGUGGGUUGCACAAAUGAACCACGCGAUUAACUACAUACUCCUCCCCCGGACGGGCUGACACCUGAUUCCCUUCCCUCCCCGACAAAGAGUGUACGGGCGUACGCUACGUCAUAACCCAAUUUUCUCGGAUGGAUGGUUUACCAAAUUUUAUUACCCAUGGUGCUCCGCUGGCGCGCUUCGCGCGCCGGAGCUCCGCUAUGAUUGCUGUGUUUAAUAAAUUGACAUUUAAGUGACCAGGUCUACAUUGAGCUUUAGGUAUCGAAUAUACAAAAUAACGAACGGCCAACGGGAAAUGUUCGAUCAUUGUCUGCUGGUCAUGAUUACUACCCUACGAACAGAGUCUCCUUCGAUCUUCCUAGUCUCUCAGUUCUACUUCCAAUAAAUUAUAUAUAAAAGGGAAGUUAAUUACUUUUGCAUUCUUCUCCUUGAGUCUCGUUUUGACAUCUCAGCUUCGUAAUAAAGUAUUAGCCCUGUCCUUUAAAUGCUUUUCCUUAGGUCAGUUUGUUCGUAUGUUAAGUGACGUUUCGUUCAUAAAUUCGAGACCACUAAUGUUAACAGUUGUGCAGUUUAGUUUUGCCAUGUUUUAUCCCGCAAUUUUCCUUACGUUAUGCUUGUCUUAGCCUUAUUAGAUUAUAUCAUACGUUUAUUUUUCAACAAACCAUAGUAACCUUAUGUUUAUGAUGCUUUUUCGUACAUUCAUCGUCCGCUUCUACGUGGAUUAAUUCAUUUGUAAUAUUAGUUUUACUUUUGUUUUCCGUAAGUCGUUUCGUUCUUACGUAUAACUAAAUGAGGAUUUACAAUUGUUUUUACAGCGCAUGUUAAUUCAUUUUUCACCUUAUAAGAAUCGAUUGUCCUUUCCACAUAUUUAACAUUUGUAAAGUAUCGUUGUGAUUUAACACUUCACUGGUCAGCAUGCGCCUUGUCUGCGUGAAGAUAAGACUGCGCCUACCUGUCAUUUUUUUCAGACCCGGUGCUUACAUGUAUAUCCUCAUUUGGCGGCCACUAAAAAAACCCUCCAACGAGCCUUUACGUAAAGUAAAAACUUAUUAUUGUAGCGUCUCAGAAUGUUGCAGUUUUCUUUAAUAAAGACGUGAUCAUCAUAAAACCGCUAAUGAUAGCUGUACUCUUGAUGAAGAUUGCUUUUUGGGGCGGUAAUGCCUUUUGGAAAACGGUAGAAGUUGCACUUCAAAAACUUCUUGUGGGGGGGGGGGGCUCCAUGACUGCUGGCAGCUUCCCCGGCUACUAACAACAAAUACCCGGCAACUUAAAAUCUUAGUGACAACCCUGCAUGUGUUCUCCUAGUUCUGAAACAUAUACCCCUAGUGAUACGUGUUUCCCUACCUGGGAAACACAUAUCCCUAGUGAUAUGUGUUCCCUGACCUGGGAAACACAUAUCCCUUGUGUUAUGUGUUCCCCCACCAAGGAAAAACGUAUCCCUAGUGAUAUGUGUUCCCCCACCUGAGAAACACGUAUCCCUAGAAAGAUGUGUUCCCCCACUUGAGAAACACAUAUCCCCAGUGAUAUGUGUUCCCCCACCUGGAAAAAAAGUAUCCCUAGUGAUUUAUGUUCCCCUAUCUUGGAAACACAUAUCCCUAUUGAUAUGUGUUCCCCACCUAAAAAACGCAUAUCCCUAGUGAUAUGUGUUCCUGUACCUGAAAAAACCUAUCCCUAGUGAUGGGUGUUCUCCUACCUUGGAAACAUAUAUCCCUAGUGAUAUGUCUUUCCCUAACUCAAAAAAAUAUAUCCCUAGAGAUACGUGUUCCCCUACCUGGGAAACACAUAUUCCUAGUGAUAUGUGUUCCCCCACCUGGGAAACAAAUAUCCCUAGUGAUAUGUAUUCCCCCACCUGGGAAACACAUAUCCCUGGUGAUAUGUGUUCCCCUACCUCGGAAACAUAUCCCUAGCGAUAUGUGUUUCCCUACCUGGGAAACACAUAUCCCUAGUGAUAUGUGUUCCCCUACCUCGGAAACAUAUCCCUAGCGAUAUGUGUUUCCCUACCUGGGAAACACAUAUCCCUGGUGAUAUGUGUUCCCCUACCUUGGAAAGACGUAUCCCUAGUAAUAUGUGUUUCCCACUUCGGAAACACAUUUCCCUAGUGAUAUAUGUUCCCCUACCUGGGAAACACGUAUCCCUAGUGAUAUAUGUUCUCCUCCCUGGGAAACACAUAUCCCUAGUGAUAUGUGUUCCCCCACCUGGGAAACACAUAUCCCUAGUGAUAUGUGUUCUCCUACCUCGGAAACAUAUAUCCCUAGCGAUACGUGUUUCCCUACCUGGGAAACACAUAUCCCUAGUGAUAUGUGUUCCCUGACCUGGGAAACACAUAUGUCUAGGGAGAUGUGUUCCCCUACCUGGGAAACACAUAUCCCUAGUGAUAUUUGUUCCUCCACUUGGGAAACGUAUAUCCGUAGUGAUAUGUGUUCCCCCACCUGGGAAACACAUUAUCGCUGGUGAUAUGUGUUCCCCUACCUCAGAAACACAUACCCCUAGUGAUAUGUGUUCCGCUACCUGGGAAAGACAUAUCCCUAGUGAUAUGUGUUCCCCUUCCUAGGAAAGGCAUAUCCCUAGUGAUAUGUGUUCCCUCACUUGGGAAACACAUAUCCCUAGUGACAUAUGUUCCCCUACCUGGGAAACACGUAUCCCUGGUGAUAUAUGUUCCCCCAUUUGGGAAACACAUAUCCCUAGUGAUAUGUGUUCCUCGACCUGGAAAACACAUAUCCCUUGUGAUAUGUUUUUCCUAUCAGGGAAACACAUAUUCCUAGUGAGAUGUGUUCCCCUAACUGGGAAACACAUAUCCCUAGUGAUAUGUGUUCCCCUACCUGGCAAACACAUAUCCCUAGUGAUAUGUGUUCCCCCUCCUCGGAAACACGUAUCCCUAUUGAUUUAUUUUCCCCUUCCUGGGAAACACAUAUCCCUAGUUAUAUGUUUUCCCCCACCUGGGAAAGACAUAUCCCCAGUGAUAUAUUUUCCCCUACCUGGGAAACACAUAUCCCUAGUGAUAUGUGUUUCCCCACCUGGGAAACACGUAUCCCUAGUGAUAUGUGCUCCCCUACCUGGGAAACACAUAUGCCUAGUGGUAUGUGUUCCCCUACUUGAGAAACACAUAUCCCUUGUCAUAUGUGUUCCCCUAUUCAUGAAACCCAUAUUCCUAGUAAUAUGCGUUUCCCUACCUGGGGAACACGUAUGCCUAGUGAUAUAUGUUCCCAAACCUUGGAAAUAGGUAUCCCUACCUGGGAAACACAUCUUCCUAGUUAUAUAUGUUUCCCUACCUGGGAAACACAUAUUCCUAGUGAUAUGUGUUCCUCGACCUGGAAAGCACAUAUCCUUAGAGAUAGAUAUUCCCAGGAAACAUGUCAUCAGUGAUAUGUGUUAACACAUCACCAGUGAUAUGUGUUCCCCAACCUGGGAAACACAUAUUCCUUGUUAUAUGUCUUCCCCUACCUGCACAACACAUAUGUAUAGUGAUAUGUUUUUCCCUACUCAGGAAACACAUAUCCUUAGUGACAUGAGUUGUCCUACCUAUAGAAAGUAAAAAGAUGUAGGUGACAACAUUCAUCCUUUUCUUUAUACGUAGAGGAUUGGCUUAAUUUGUCAUUAAUUUUAACUGCCGAUUUAUCAUUUGAGUACAUGGAUAUUAAGCAUAAUCUUUGUUUUUUCAAGAUUAAGUAUUAGAAAAUUGGAAUGAAGCCAGUUUACAACAUUACCGUAGUUAGGCCACUAGUUAACUGAGCUUGUAUUUCACUGACUGACUUCCUUUUUUUUUAAACUGUAUAUUAAACUGUAUAUUAUAAGUUAUCCUUGUCAUCCCAGUCAUUGAAGUCGUUAAAUUCAUCCAAGUCAUGCUAGUCAUCCUGCUCAUCCCAGUGGCCCCACCACAGUCAUUUCAGUCAUCCCCAUCAUCCUACACAACCCAGACAUCCCAAACAUCCCAGUCAUCAAAGUAAUUAUAGUAAUCAAAGUCAUCACAGUCAUCCCAGUAAUCAUAGUAAUCCCUAUUAUACUAGUCAUUGUAGUCAUCUCAGACAUCCCACUCAUCAAAGUCAUUUUAGUCAUAGAGUUAUCUUAGCCAUUUCAGUAAACCGAGUUAUAUCAGUCACCCUAGUCAUCCAAUUAAUCUCAGUUACCCCAGUCAUCCUAAUCAUCUGAGUCACCCCCGUCAUCAUCCAAGUGAUAACAGUCAUCCUAGUCAUCCCCGUUUAAAGUCAUCAUAAUUCUAGUCAUCCCAGUUAUCCCAGUCCCCCUUGUUGUCCUAGUCAUCCCAGUCACCACAGUCAUCCCAGUCACCCUGGUCAUCCCAGUCAUCUUAGCUUAGUCAUCCCGGUUAUCAUUGUCAUCUCAGUCACCUUCUGGUAAUUCGGCAGAGUGUGAAGUAAAGGGUUCGCAAUGCUCAGAAAUGUAUCAAAGUGGAUAUUUUUCGGACAAGAUUGGGCAUGCUAAGUCUGUAGGUUUUCGGUUUAAUUUGGCUAUUUGACGAAAAGAAAGCCGAAUUAGUUCGAGAUGUCUCGAAAUCACUUCGAUUUCUUUGAUUUAUUCUUUAACUUAUUCGAGGAAGAAAGAAUUAAUAUUUUGACUUUCCUGGGGUUUGAACCGACUCACCUGUGUGACCCGUCAGAUCAAAGGAGACUCUAAGUUGAGGGAUUACGCUACUGUGACCCAAGGUAGUUUGGGAUUUGAAAAAUAGCUAUGAAAUUAUGCACUAGUUUGGGGACAAAAUUGGUCGCGCAAGUUCGUGACUUUUCGGCUUGUUUUGGCUAUUUCACAAAAUGAGACCACACUACUUCGUGUAUUCUUGAGAUCACUUCAAGUUUAGUCUUUAAUUUACUCGAGGAAUAAAUAGAGGAUAUUACAUGGCCACGCAAAGACAUGAAAUUUCUCUUCGAGUGUUGAAAAACAUUUCACGAGUGAGCGCUCCUUUGAACUGUUUUAUGAUGAACUUAAAGUUGCAAAAUGCUGCCCAAAGAUUUUUGUCUUUGUUGAGUGUUACGUGGUGAAAUUGCUUUCAUGCGUUGCGUGACUUUCUCGAACGUUCUCUACGUUUUUGGAUUAUUCAUGAAUAAUUAAUUAGGCAUGUUUACAUUUCAGCAUGAGUCAGCAGAUUUGCAUCAGUUACUGAAAUCAUAAAAUAUGUCGAAAAGCUACUACUAUUCACUUGUUUAGUAUUUUCUAGAACCUUAUGUCAAAUGGUAUACAAGUUCCAGGCAAGUUCUUUUGACAAACAGUUUUUUCCCACGAGCUGGAGCGCUGUGUUUAGUCAAGUGUGACAAAGGUUGAUUUUCAAGUUCUGUGUUUACAAAUUGGCAGAACCUGUAAGAUAUCUGAAGUUCAAGUGAGAGUUUGUUAUUAUUAGCAGAGGCUGUUUAGUUUUACUUAAGUUCAAGUCAAGUUUGUGUUGGCAGAUGCUGUGUUUUAAAGCUCUGUAGAGACUAUGCUUUUUUGGUAUUAAUCUUCCUUAUGUUAAUCCGACAUCCCUGCAUGCUGAUAGUCAGUGAAUAAUUAUCCUCAAAACAAUUGAACUCAUAACAUUGAGUUUUAGCCCAUUCCAUGCUCAACGUUAUUGACUCUUUACCCACGCCCUUACAUAUCUUUAUUCAGUACAUGAGACUGCUAUAUAUGCUAUUUUUGAAGCCUGAUGUAAGUAAAAUAGAGAAUUCUUUUUUCACUGUUUGUUUUGUUAGACUUGUUAUUCACCGCAAGUAACCUUAUAUUUGACUUAGGACUAAACGUUUAGACCCAAGUCAAAUUUAGAAGGAUUUGUAUAGAGUCAUCAGAGCAUAACUGCGCUAAUAUCUCGCAGACAAUUUGCCCCGAAAUGCUAGUUUUUGGCAAGUAGGCCUCUUGGAUGUUGCUCUUUUCAGAAUAUCCUGACAAAUCCCAUAAUUUCACAAAUUAACACCUUACUCUUACCACAUUUCAUUUCUUACUAUUCCUCCGCAUUUACAAUAACAUACUUUGACCUUUUCAAGGGACUGGAUAAAUGNGGAGCGCUGUGUUUAGUCAAGUGUGACAAAGGUUGAUUUUCAAGUUCUGUGUUUACAAAUUGGCAGAACCUGUAAGAUAUCUGAAGUUCAAGUGAGAGUUUGUUAUUAUUAGCAGAGGCUGUUUAGUUUUACUUAAGUUCAAGUCAAGUUUGUGUUGGCAGAUGCUGUGUUUUAAAGCUCUGUAGAGACUAUGCUUUUUUGGUAUUAAUCUUCCUUAUGUUAAUCCGACAUCCCUGCAUGCUGAUAGUCAGUGAAUAAUUAUCCUCAAAACAAUUGAACUCAUAACAUUGAGUUUUAGCCCAUUCCAUGCUCAACGUUAUUGACUCUUUACCCACGCCCUUACAUAUCUUUAUUCAGUACAUGAGACUGCUAUAUAUGCUAUUUUUGAAGCCUGAUGUAAGUAAAAUAGAGAAUUCUUUUUUCACUGUUUGUUUUGUUAGACUUGUUAUUCACCGCAAGUAACCUUAUAUUUGACUUAGGACUAAACGUUUAGACCCAAGUCAAAUUUAGAAGGAUUUGUAUAGAGUCAUCAGAGCAUAACUGCGCUAAUAUCUCGCAGACAAUUUGCCCCGAAAUGCUAGUUUUUGGCAAGUAGGCCUCUUGGAUGUUGCUCUUUUCAGAAUAUCCUGACAAAUCCCAUAAUUUCACAAAUUAACACCUUACUCUUACCACAUUUCAUUUCUUACUAUUCCUCCGCAUUUACAAUAACAUACUUUGACCUUUUCAAGGGACUGGAUAAAUGACUGUUUAAAUUUUGACAAAUCAAAAUCUGUAAUUCAUCUAUUUAGUUCUUUGUUAUUUUUGUCAGUUAAAGUUAAGUUAUUUUGAUUGUAUAAUACACAUGUACAUGUACAACUUGUCAUUUUAUUUUUUAUUUUUUAUUUUUUUCUCGUCAUUUUAUACUUUUGUUUCAACAGGCUAGAUUGCUCUACCUGUCAAGAUUAGCCCCUGCUAUUUGUGGGAAAAGCAGUAUGUAA